CCCGGUUUAACUUAAAUCUCAUCGGUGUUGUCUUGCACGUCCUAAAAUUACGUUCGAUUUAACUAAAUCAAGAUUAAGCCCAUCAUUCACUCACCAUUCAUUCCUUACGUUCCGUUGUUAUGUCAAGCGUGAUUUCGUGUACAAAAAAACGUGCUUCCUGUCACUUGUCAGUGUCAGUUUUGUUUUAAGUUUUAACGUUCCCGUUAUUCUGUGUUGUGUUUCCGAGUUUGUUUGCGAUUGUGCGGUGUGCGUGUUAUUUUUAAAUACAUAUAUCAAAUUGUGCAGUAGUAUGAACAAUAUGAUGAAGAAAUCCAGGGGACCUAAUUUUUCUACUGCGGAAAUAAUGCAUCUUUUAAAGCUAGUAGAAAAAUACCCCAUAAUAGAAAAUAAAAGAACAGAUGGGGCUACAGCAAAAGACAAGCAAAUGGCUUGGCAAAGGUUAACUGCUGAGUACAACUCCCAAACUAAUUUCUCCCCCAGAACGGCAGACAAACUGUUGUCUUGUUACAAAAACCAAAAAGUUAAAGUGAAAAAGAUGCACUCUAAUGAAAAAAUGGCUAUCAGAGCACCUUUGCUACUCAAUGCAGUGGAAGAGUAUGGGCAGGACUGGAACCAGGUUGCACAGGCAACAGAAGCAAGCAGUUUAGACUGUAAAAAUACAUUCGAGGAGUUGGUAAAGGAUGCAAAAAGAGAAGAAGCUUUACAUAAAAAAGAAAUUAAUCGUACAGGAGGAGGUCCACCUCCAGAGUCAUCUGGUAGCCGUGACCCUGUAAUUGAAAAGGUCAAAACAAUAAUUGGACCCUCACUGGAAGGGCUAUACACUAUUUAUGACGGAGAUGCAGAGUUUAUGAAGGAGCAGCAAGAGUCAGCAUCCAUUAAUACAGAGAUGCAACCGAUAGAUAUGAUAGUAGUUGACUCACCACAGGUAGAAAAUGGCAAUGAUGACAAAAAAAGGUUAAAUAUUAUGAAAAGGAAGGUAGACCCAAGUCUGGAGUCAUUGAGAAAAGGAAAGAAGCAAAACGUAUCUCAUUCUUUCAAAGAGUUAGCAGAGGAUAAGAAGGACCUGGUGAAAGCCCAAAAAGAACUGGCUGAACUUCAAAUUGAACAUCAGAAGAUAUUAAUUAAAUUAGCUCAAGAAAAACUGCAAUUUGAAGAGAAAAAAAAUAAAAUGGAGCUGGAAUAUCUCAAAGAAAAAUAUGCAUUAGAAUUAAAUAAAAAACAAUGAAUUUAUUUAUUUUUUAUUUUGUUUUGUAUUUAUCCAUCUAAUUAUAAUCUUGCAAAAUAUUCAUUAAUUAAUAAUGUUCGUUCAAUGUUGCCGGCUAUA